AUGUCAGGCAACUCAAGCGUCGGUAACCGCGGUAUCUACGAGGCAGGCGACCAGCGUAACACUGCUGUGUCCGAUCUCCAAGAACGCGCCCGCUACGCUGAGGGCAACCCUGGCAGCCACAAGAACCUUGACCCCAAGGAUGGCCGCUCCAUUGCCAACAAGCUGGCUUCCCAAGAGAACAAGCCCAACCCCAUGCAGCACCGCAACGAGUACGACCAGGAGGCUGAGUUGAGCAAGCAAGAUCCUACCAAACCUGCCAGGGUACACGGCAACGCUCCCUCCAAGGGUGCUAAGAUUGAUGCCGAGCUCCAGGCAGAAGACGAACAGCGUCUGCGGGAGAAGGGCAUCAAGCACUGA